UAUAAUAUGAUGGACUUUUAAUUUUUCUUAAAAACAUAAGCCCAUUACUUUUUUUUUUCUUAAUACUACUAUCUUUGUUUCCAAACAAAAUUAUUUUUUUUUAAAAGACUACAAUUUAUGUUUCCAAACACUCCAAAUUUUUUUAAUAGUCCUAUUCAAGUCUCCAAACACUCCAAUUUUGUACUUGAGUUUUAAUAAGAUAGAUAGAUGAUACAAAAUCAUGGAUCAACAUGGUUACUCGCUAGUGUUAAAAUGCUCUCUUUCGUUAAGACGAAACAAAAGCACGUUGUGGAUCGGACCGAAACAAACACGAGUUGACAUGUGGAGGAGGCAACACAAACUCUAUCCCCAUUUGCCUUGGACGGCGGAGGAGGAGCCGCAAGUGGAUCUAGCCGACACUAAAUGUUUAUGGAGAUGGCUAGAUCAUACGCACCUCUGCUCGCCGUGAUGUGUGUUUCGCUACUGCCACUUGCGGCAAUGGCGGCUGGAACGCCAUUUCAUAUAGAAGGAUGUGUUUACUGCGACACUUGCCGCUUUGGAUUUGAGACAAUCGCCACCAAAUAUAUCACCGGGGCAAAACUGAAAAUAGUGUGCAAAGACAGUGUGACAUUGAAAUCGGAGGUUGUCGGUGAGGCGGUGACAGGACGCCGAGGAAGAUACAGAGUUUCCGUCAAAGGAGACCGGCAGGACCAGCAAUGUCUAGCGGUGCUCGUCAAUAGUCCUAUCUCUAACUGCCAAUUCCCUGAUCCUGGUCGCAACACUGCCACCGUAAUCCUCACACGUUCUAACGGUGCCGCCUCUACUCGCCACUUCGCCAACGCCAUGGGCUUCUUCCGGGACGAACCACUCCGUGGUUGUGCCACUCUCCGCAAACAAUACCUCGCCGAAGGUGAUUAUCGAGCUAUUUGAGUCAUUUGACUCACCUUUAUGCUCAUGCAACAAAAACAAAAUGUUGUUUUUUUGUUUUUUUGCGUAACAUUCUAGUUGAGUCUCUAGACAUAUAUAAGAAAGUAUAUAAAAUAAAUAUGCAAUUUUAACUUUUCUGUUGUGAUGUUAAUGAAGAAGAGAAAUUUAUAAACAACUUCGUCCUUGCCUGAUGUUUGGCAUUAUUCAUACUUCAGUUGUGAUAGACUGAUCUCUAUUUCUAUGUUGGCCCUCUUUUCUCCUGCUUCUUCUAACAUCUUCCUUUUUUGUUUGUAUCUUUGGUUCGUGUUUAAUUCCUAUUUAACAUUUUUUUUCUUUCAGGUAAGCCAUUUAACAAGAAAAAACUGUCGGUAAAGAAGAAAAUUAUUUGUUGUACAUUUGUACAUCAUAUUUUUACUUACAAGAGAAUUAUAUAAUGUUACGAAGCUUUCGUAUGAGAGCUUACAGAAGACUCUUACUGUAGGUAAAAGUUAGUGAUAGAAGAUGUUUAUCAAAGUCAGUUCACUAGUAAAGAACAUGUGAUUGGGUAAAAUUUAUAGCAUUUCUAUCUUCCAUCAUUGUUUAAGGUUUCAGUUAACUAAGAAUUAUGAGAAGUGUUGACAAUAGAAAACAAUUAAGAAUUUAAGAUACUUUUUGUUGUUGAUGAAUUCUUCAAAUCAAACAUUGAUUAUUGCAUAUAGAGGAAAGGGUUAUAAUAGGCCCACUAAUCUAUUAAUAUAAUGGGUCUCAUAUUGGGCUUCUUUGAACUUCGUAAGCAGUGAGACCACGCGUCGCUAGCCCAAUCACGUUUCGUUAAAAAAAAUAGAGAUCGGAAAAAAAAAUCCAGACGGUUUCCCGCCUCAACUAAUGCUUUAUCAUCUUUCUCAAUUUUACAUAGUUUGAAUUAUUGAAAGUAUUGACCUUUCCUUUUGUGUAAGAUGAGUGAAGAUAGCAGCAAAUCAGUUUCCGAAGAAACCCCGUCUCGCUUUGUGUGAUUUAACCAAUCUUCCAAAGAAGAGAGAUGAUCUGUUUUGAACAUGGUGACAUAGACGUGGAUCAGCAAACUGAUGGUACUAUUAUAAUAAGCAGUGAUACCGAGAUAAGGGAGGUAUUGCCUCAAUGUCAGAAUUUAACAGUGAAGACUUGCUAAAGUCUUGCUCUUGUUCUUUUUGCCUUGUAGCUGCUUCUUGGGCUUACGUAUUAUCUAUGUUGAUUCAAGUAAAGUUAUUGAACUAUGGGAUUUGUUUCAGCUGCUUGUAUCUGGUCGGAUCUUCAUUACCACGAUAUCAAAGGUUGAUUAUCCGGUAAGUCAGUUAUAAACUAUGUAUAAGCCGCAUGCUCAUCAGGACACCUAGUAAGUACUCUUGAUCAAACGCUGUAUGGAUUCAAAUUCUCUUUAAUGUUCGCAGCUCCUCGUGUGAAACUUAUAUAUAUGUAAUAUAUCUUGAUGUAAUGUAUAUAUGCUUAAAAGAAAAGAACUAUGUAUAUGGACAGCUGCUCUUUGUAUUAGUUCUUCCCUCAAACUCUUUGUAUCAAGUGGAAUAUAAGGUUGCAAUUAGUGGUCGGCUCUUGCUGAUAAUCUACAAAGCUUAAACCACUGUUAAAUAACAAAAAUAACAAAUCAUUAACAUUGAUGAGCUACAUAGUCAUUGGUUAUUAGUUAUUACAAAUUACAUAAAUUUCUUGCUUUGACUUGAAAAGUCUAUGUACUUUUGACGUACAUUGCACGUUUGUCAAAUCUGAACGUUGUUAAUAUUGGUGAUGGGCUCUUUAGAAUUUUGUAAACAAUAAGCUGACCCUAUAAAUUUGGCUUAAGGGUUAAUCGACAAAAAAAGCUUAGUAACAUUAGUGAAGGUGAACCCAACACUUUUUGGCUUCUAGUUGUUAAUAAUAUGGAAAUAUUUUCCGCCAUCCCAAAAUAAAUAUUUAAAAUAUCAUUUCAACAAAUUCCAGUAAUAUGGAAAUAUUUAUCACCAAAAAAAUAAUCAUUCUCAUUAAUUAAUAAAAAAGCUUAGAAAAACUAUACAGUUAUGUAUCUGCUACUAUCUAAAUAUUGUGUGUCUCUUUAAGGUUUAAGCUGAUAUGUUUUUAAUUUGCACAUGGAUGCAUCAAUACUGUAGUAUGACUUAUGACUUAAGAAAAUACAUAAAAAUUUGAUUGUAAAUGCAUUGUUUUUUUGUGAAUAGCAAUUUUUCAUAACUUUUAGCCAAUAUAAAUUUAAUAAAUAUCAUUAAUUUUUUAAAAAUUUACAAUUUUUCACUAAAUAAUAUAUUGAAAAGGUAAAAAAUGUAUCUUUUUGAAACAAUUUUUUUUAAGAAAGUAGAUUUUUCUGAAACAGAAGGAGUAUAUUUUUCAAUUUAAUAAAUAUAUAUGCUUGGUUCUUACUCAAUUCACGUUGAGAUACUUUCGACAGACACGUAUACAGUAAUUUGGCUCCCCAUUGUUAGGGCAUUCACCUUUACAAGAGUUCCCAUGUGACACUAGGUGUCGCAUUUAUUUACCUAUAUAAAUUCAUUGGAACACGAGUUAGGCAGAGAUCCCAUCUUUGUAAAGUAUGCGUAAUUUAGUCAAAACAUAAGGAACAUAGUCGCAUAUAAUAAUUAAUAAUCAGGAUGCUCUCAUACAUAUCAAAUCUUCCAAACAUGUUGAAUAUUGCAGGUACACUCUCUUAAUUAAUGUAUGCACAUCAUUAAGGAUAUUAUCUAUAUAAUAAUUAUUUUAUAUUAUGAUUUCAUAAACGUCUAAAACUAUAUUUAUCUAGGAUUCUGGAGCAUAGUCCGUUUACUAUAUAUGUAAGUAAACUAUAGUAUUCCAAAAAGUUAAAAAAGCGAGUGAAUAUUGUCAAUGAUAAAAUGCUCUAGACAGGGUUAUAGAAAAGCUCGACCCUCAAAGCGGGGGCCGGUUCCCAAAACACACACGUGUAACAAAAUUACGGGAGCUCCAGAAAAUAAGACCAGCCCUCUUCUUCAUUCUGACAACAUGCAAGUAUAUAUAUUAAAUAAAAAUUUAUUUAAAUAGAAAAAGGAGAACAAGAAAUAACAGAAAAACCUUCCUCUUUAACUCUUUCAAGGCUUUUGAUUAUGGACAAACCAAUAAUAGUUGUGACAAGCGAAUAGAAUAUCGAUAAACCUCUAGACUCUACAUGAACCUCUUGUAUAAACAAGUCAAUAUUGAAUCUGAGCUCCUUCACGUGAUUCAUUACUAUCGCCAAGAUCCACACAACUGAUAUUGUUUAUACAAUUCAUUAAAAGUUAAAACCUAUUGCAUUUGAUGUAAGCAUCUACAUAUAUAAGUAAACAUGUUAAUAUUUGUUUAGAUUAGUUUCCCUUUCAAAUAAGCCAUUUGUAUAUAUAUAUAACUUUAGAAGACGUAUCUCAUUUAACGUGGUUAGUAAUAUUAUACACAAAGUAUGAGAUUUGUGGUGUGAAGAGUCUUACCGAUCACCAAUAAUUGCGACUUGAAGGCUUAAUCAAAUAAUUUUAUAAAGCUAACAACUAACUAAAUGUUAGCCUAGAGAGCUAAGUGUCAUCCAAUGAAAGUGAUUGAAGAGAAAGCAAAGAGUGGAGUCCAUCUUUCCACGUUCAAAUAAAGCGAGGAAGUGAGUUUAGAUUGACAACACUUUGGAAAUGUCUUGUUGUUUUAUUGUUUUUUCCCUCACCCAUGUGUCCGGUUUUUGUUUUCUUUUGCCCUUUUACUUUUUUGCCUCUUUUUUUUUUUUUUGAAAACUGCCCCUCUAUUUUGUUUUUAAUAACUACUUUUUAACACACUGAUACGAUCAUAUAAGUGGAGUCCAACUUGGCCACUCUUAACUCUUCUCAUCGCCACGUUAGAAUUGGAACUUUAACGUUUGAUUCUGAUGUCGUUUUAAGAGAUUACAAUAUAUCUCUAUUAUUUGCUAAAUUUAGCAAAAUUUAUUUGAAUUCAUUGUUAUACGUAUAUACAUGAAACGGUGAUGGCUUUCUAGUUCUUUCUUUGUAUGAUACUAUCCUUAUCAUGGUAUAUGGUCCAUGUAUGAUCAAAAUGUUUAAGUGUAAUAAAUCUAUGGGUUUCUAGAGUUGUUUUUUUCUGUAGGACAUGGACAAUGAGAAUAGAAUUACAUAAAACAAAAAUUGUGAAUUUGUGAAAUGUCUAAAUCCAAAGUGUUUGAAAACACAUGCAGCCUUACUGUGAAUCUGUGAUAGUUAGUCGCAUUAUACACCCAAAAGCUAUGGACAAAAAGCUUUGACCAUAGUGACCAUCCACUAUUAUUGAUUUGCUAUGACACUAUACGUAUAGUCACGACUCUCUCUCUCGCUCUAUACACAUCUCAGCUUUCACAGACAUUCCGUGCAUGCACCUGAUGAUGCUAUUGCCAUAUAUAUCCAUAGUAUGUAGAUGUAAUCGCAUAUGUCUAUCCAGGCCCGGCCCUGGGCUAAAGUCCAUAAAGCAAAGGCUUUGGGCGCCAAAGUUUAACAAAAGGUUAGGGGCACCAAGUACAACCUUACUCCCUUGGUAUAGUGGUUUUUGUUCCUGGAAUUUAGUCCAUCAGUUGUUCUGUUCGAACAAGUUCUUGCCUAUUUUUUCUUUAUUUUUAUUUUUGUAAUGAUAUGACAAGACAAAUUCUUUUCUUAGGGUAAUGAUAACAAAUGACAUGUGAUCUUUAAGAUACGAUGGAUUUUUAAAAAAUCUUAAUUUCUUCCAUUUCAGAUAGUUUGUUUUUUUUUAAUUAUAUUUCCAUUUUUCCACUCAAUUAUUUUUACUUUAUAUUAUAUAAAGUAUACAAUAUAUAUUUUCUGAAUGAUAUCGGUCAUUAAUUUCGAAAAAAUACGGGCUUGUACAUAGUUAUAUUAAACUUUUUUUUUUGACAAAAGUUAUAUUAAACUUUUACUUAGUUAUAUAAAGUAUACAAUUUCAAAUAAAACUGGAUAAACUAAUAGUUGUUAAUUAUGUUUUAACGAUCUGUUUGUUUUAGUUUUCAAUAUCUUAUUUUGUUAAAAAAAAUCAGUCUUUGCUAAUUUAAUUAUUGUUAUCCACUGGAUAUUUUAUUCUUUUUUAGUAUUUUUAAACUAAAAUCUAUAAAAAUAAACUAUAUUAUAUCAUGUGUGAAUGAGUACAUACUUUCUAAAAAACAAUUAUUCAAAAUUAAUAAAAAAAAAUUAGAAAAUGAAAAUAACCAAUUCAAAAAUACUUUUAUCUUUAUGUAAAUUAUUUUUUUAAAGAAAAUAAAAUUUGAUAAUAUCUUGCAUAAUUUUCUUUUGAAACUAAAUCAAAGAUGCAUAAUUUUUCUUAACAAACUUAAAAUAUAAAAUAAAUAAAUAUAGUUAAAGGGCAUUAUUUUUUAAUGCGCUUUAGGCAUCAUUCAAGUCCGGACCGGCACUGUGUCUAUCUAUCUGUAUCUCCAUUGUCAGAUUCCAAAUACGUAACUACUAAUUCGAGUAGAUAUAGUAAACACUAACGUAGGAAAGUCAGAGAUUGGGCUUGGCAUUACAACGUAUAUUUGCGGAUUAAUUUGCCUAACUCUUUAAUACUUUUUUUUUUUGAACUUAACUUUUUAAUAGUAAGUUGAAUAUUGUGCGGACAACUGGAACACGACGGCAUAGGGUAUUUUAUAGGUUACUUAUAUUUAAAAAUACACUCCAAAUAUGUCACUGAUUCUAGUAGAAACGUUCUUAAUAACGCGACUAAUAUGUGAAGAACGUGAAAGGUUCAUGUUUUACAUCUUAUUACAUCAGGUUGUUCGUUGCUCUAUUGUUGCAUUCGGUUCAUCAAUACAUUUGAACUUUGUAUAAUGAAUGGCAAACGCAUCGAUCCUCUAAAAUUACAUAAAACUUCCUUAUCUAAAAAUGCUUGAUAAGUACCUAUGAAUAUAAUAUAGUAUGAAAAUGCGUAUGUAUGAAUUUUCUAUUUUAGAACCGUUUAUAUGAUCAAAAUCAGUAUAGUUUUUUUCACACUUUAAUUUAGAAAUUAAACAAUAACUUUUUCCAUACAUAAUAAUUUACUUUAAUUUGCAUAUAUAGAUGGGUGACAUUAAAGAUUAAUAUUCAUCUAACUUGUAGAAGUAAAUUGAAAACUUCCUUGAGAAAAAUAUUUAUAUUCUUUAACCUAUCUAUGUAGUACUCCCUCCGUUUCACAAAAAUAAAAAUUUUAGUAUUUUCACACAUAUUAAAAAUACAUUAAAUCACUAUAAUAAAUAUAUAAUUUUUGUAAAUUUUAAUUUUUAAUAAUUUUUAACCAAGAUUAAUUCAAUAAAGUCAACUUUUUGCAUAUAUAGAUGAGUGGCAUUAAAGAUCAAUAUUCAUCUAACUUGUAUAAGUAAAUUGAAAACUUCCUUGAGAAAAAUAUUUAUAUUCUUUAAACUAUCUAGGUAGUACUCCCUCAGUUUCACAAAAAUAAUUUUUUUUAGUAUUUUCUCAUAUAUUAAAAAAUACAUUAAAUCACUAUAAUAAAUAAAUUAUUUUCUGUAAUUUUUAAUUUUUAAUAAUUUUUAACCAAAAGUAAUUCAAUA